GCCCCCCCCGGCCGGCGUUGCCAGGGUAACGGCGAGCGCGUGGGGCAGAGGAAGUCUUUAAAGAACAGUUACCUUGGAAAAUGGCAGAGGCAGUUUUCCGUCCCCCAAAGAGGAAAAGAAGAGUGUAUGAGAGCUAUGAGUCUCCACUGCCGAUCCCUUUCGGUCAGGAGUGUGGUCCUAAGAAGGACUUUAGAAUAUUCCGGGCCGAGAUGAUAAACAACAAUGUGAUUGUGAGGAACGCAGAAGAUAUGGAGCAGCUCUAUGGGAAGGGUUAUUUUGGAAAAGGUAUCCUGUCCAGAAGCCGUCCAAACUUCACAAUUUCAGAUCCUAAGCUGGUUGCUAAAUGGAAAGAUAUGAAGACAGACAUGCCUGUAAUCACGUCAAAAAAGUAUCAGCGUAGCGUGGAAUGGGCCACAAACCUCAUGCGAAGACAAGGCCAGGAUGAGAGCACAGUGCGUAGACUCCUUGAGGAUUACACGAAGCCCCUUCAGCAUCUUUGUCUGCAAAGGAAUGAAGAGGUCCAGUUGUGCAAUGAGCUGAACUCUGAAAUGGUUUCCAAAACGGAAGGCACAGAAGAUAGAGAGAAACUUUCUGCCACGAAUGGGGUUGCAGGAAAGUCGCGUGAUCUGGAGGAUCCCAGCAAGCGAUCAGACCGCCUGCAGGAGGGCUCCAGGCCUGACCCGAUACCUACCCACGGCUCGGGUGAACACGUGGCGGAGGUCACCGCUCCUCUGCCCCACGUCCACUGCGGCAAACAAGAUGCUCUCCUCCCGCCCUCUGGCGCUCAGCCCGGGGACAGCAGCCAACGAGCGGGUCUGGUCCCGGCCAGAGAGAGAGGGCCUGAGCACCACUACGUGCUGGUGGAGGAAGUCGUGUGUGACGUGAGUGAGAAGGAAGACGCCCCAGGUGGGGACUUGUCGCCAAAAAAGAGACUGAUAUGCAGAAGAAAUCCAUUUAGGAUCUUUGAGUACUUGCAGCUCAGCCUGGAAGAGGCCUUCUUCCUGGUCUAUGCUCUGGGAUGUCUAAGUAUUUACUAUGAGAAGGAGGCUUUGACGAUUGUGAAGCUCUGGAACACCUUCCGCGUAGUUCAGCCCACGUUCCGGACUACGUACAUGGCGUACCAUCACUUCCGAAGCAAGGGCUGGGUGCCCAAAGCGGGACUUAAGUACGGAACAGACUUGCUGUUGUAUCGAAAAGGCCCUCCAUUUUACCACGCAAGUUACUCUGUCAUCAUCGAGCUGGUGGAUGACCGUUUUGAGGGCUCUCCUCGCAGACCUCUCAGCUGGCGGUCCCUGGCUGCCUUGAGCAGAGUUUCAGUCAGUGUCUCCAAGGAAUUUAUGCUGUGCUAUUUGAUUAAACCCUCCGCCAUGACUGACAAAGAAAUGGAGUCACCAGAAUGUAUGAAACAAAUUAAAGUUCAGGUAGGUGAACUCGGAGACAAAUUCAUGUCGUCACAAAGGCUCUGCGCAGCGUAUUGCGUCCCUUGGAACCUGUGGUCCCGAGACAGGACAGGAAAAGCAUCUCGCCUCGGCGACGAGAGCCCUCUCAGGUCCUUCCCCUCUGAGCCCAGCCUCGCUCCCCCUUAACCCUGUGGUCCUUUGUCCUGUGAUGUCCUCUGGUUUCUGCCCCUGGCACUCAGCUGAAACCGCCCUCGCAGCCGGCCGGGAGCAGCCCAGACCUCUCCCGGGUCUCGGCCCCUGAAACGACAAGGGUCGCUGUUGUCUCGCCGCCUCCUUGAACAUCUUGUCUGGCUGCUGGGGGCCUGUGUUGGGCUGAGGCUCCCGCAUCUUCCUGGCGGGAUUUUCUCCGCCGGGACUGCCGAUCCGCCAUCCAGUUGCCCAUCCCGCAGCAGGCCGGCCAUUGGUCUCCAGGGCCCAAGCGCCUCGUCCCCCGUUUGUCCUGCUCACACCCACUGGGUUAGCUCUCCAUAAAAUGCCAGUCCAGACCCACGUCUCCCUUCCCCGUGCUGACCCAGACACAUCGGCACCGUCACAGAGCUGGUUUUGUGUUGAACACUGGGUUCGCACCAGCGCUCCUGUUCCUGAAAUGUGCUGGAGGUGAUUCUAAGCCGUUGGGUUUCUUCGCGGGAGAGGA